AUGGCAGCACUGGUUGCUUCAAGAUUGGCAAGUACCAUUUACAACGAGUUUAAAACGAAGCCAGCUGUAGUUAAACUGUGGUCCGAUUCGAAGAUCGUUUUGCAUUGGUUACGAUCCGAUUCUGCAUUGUUGAAGGCAUUCGUUGGAGUUCGAGUAGCUGAAAUCCUGUCAACAUGGAAAUCAAGUCAUUGGCGUCAUGUUCCUUCUGCACUGAAUCCUGCCGACGAUUUAAGUCGAGGAAUUGAUGUGAAAAAUAUGUAUGAACGAUGGUUCCAAGGACCGGCGUUCCUGCAAUUGCCAAACAGCGAGUGGCCAAGCGAAAGUGUGAAGACCAUUCAGAAUGAUCCAGAAAGAAAGAAACCCAAGAUCCUGUGGAGUUUCAAUCCUGAUAUCCCAUGCAUAGAUCCAAAAAACUUCAAAUUGGAAACGAUUGGUCAGAAUUACAGCUUACUGCAAGCGUUAAGAUCCCAACGACUUACAACCCCUUACCCCUAACCAUUUCCUUAUCGGUAGAGCAUCGAACAGUGUUCCUCACGGAUCGUUUGAGAGAUCUGAGAUUUUGAGUCGAAGAUUCGAGUUUAUCCAGAGCCUUGUACAGCAGUUCUGGCAAAGAUUUAUACAAGAAUAUCUACCGACGUUGCAGAAACGAGGAAAAUGGCGAUUGAAAGAACGACAGAUGAAAGUUGGAGAUUUGGUCCUGAUGGUAGAUUACGAGACGCCAAGAGGAAAAUGGAAGUUAGGUCGAGUUGAAGAAGUUUACCCUGGGAAAGAUGGUGUGGUAAGAAAUGUGUUAGUGAAAACGCAGCAUGGUCAAUACAAAAGGUCUGUGCAAAAGUUAUGUGUUUUAAUAGAAGCUAGUUAGACGAACAUUCAUGAACUGUGGCCCCGGAGGGUUGGUGUAAAUAGCGAGCAACAUUUGACAUUUGACAUUUGAUAUAGUUAAUAUUAAGUUCUGUUAUGGUUUAUAUAGACAUUUAAGUGAUGACAUUUUUGAGUGACAUUAUAGGCGUUAGUUGUAUCAGUAUUUUGUAAGAGAGACACGCGAGAGUAAAGAGACGGUUUAAAGGACGGAUAGUUAGAGAGAUUAACGUAAAGUUGUAGUCAGAGUCAAGUCCUGCAGGGAUCUACCCUUCAGAAUAUAUUAUCUCAUUAAAUAUUAAAAGAAAUCCCUGUUCGACUCAGUAAACCAGUCAGUGCCAACCAAACAGUGUCAGCAAAAUCACGGUUAAUUGAAGCACGGGCUAAGGUUGCUGAACUAGAGGUUGAGUUUAUGUACUUAAAGGAAACUCAAGCUCUUAAAAUAGCUUCAGAAGAGCUGGAAUUAAAAAAGGUCUUAGCACAAGCAAGGAAGGCAGAACAAAUCUAUGAGCAAGCAAGUAAUGAUGAUAUACUACCCAUACCUACUUCAGACUUAGGAACUAACAAUAGCAAUGUUACCUUUGAUCACCCAGUCCCUACCUAUGCUAGUUUCCCACCAAUUCAAAGAACAGUCAGUGAAACUUCCACCAAUGUCAACACGAUACACACAAUUACAAGUUCCACUAAAGUCGGGACCGCAAUCAGUGGAGAUUAUAUAUCACAAGGGUUAACAUGUCCUACGAGUGUUAAUCCUAGAGCUAAUCAUGAAGUGAUUGAUGGAACCCCCUCUACCUGA